AACCUCAUUUCCCAACUCUCUCUCUUUCUCUUUCUGUCUCACGCGCACACACGCAUUUCUGAAAAUACAAACAUUUCCGAAGCUCAAAUCGUAAAAACUUUCGUUCAAUGGCGAUCGCGUCUCCUUCGACACCAAGCUUCUCGGCCUCCUUGUGUUCCUCUAGGACCGGGUCGACUCGCUUCACGCGCUUCUCAUCCGUUUCGUUCACGCGCCGGGUCCUCCAACCCCGCCUUUCAACUCGCCGACUCGCCGUAGCGUCCCGGCUCAAUUCGUCCACGCCCUCCGGCGCCGGAGGCUCCGUAUCGCCGGACAACGGGGGUGAACUCCACGAGUACGAGCUCUUCCACGGGUUCUCCCCGCAGCGCAGGCGUCGUGGGUCGCCAGUGUUCGUCACGCUCCCCGUCGACGCCGUGGACACCUCCGGUCAGGUCCGCCGGCGUCGAGCCAUGGCGCAGUCGUUCCGGGCGCUUUCGGCGGCCGGGGUCGAGGGCGUGGUGAUGGAGGUCUGGUGGGGCCUGGUGGAGAGGGACGAGCCUAGGGUUUACGAUUGGCGAGGGUACUUGGAGCUCGUGGCGCUUGCGAAGCGCUCCGGCCUGAAGGUCCGUGCUGUUAUGGCGUUUCACCAGUGUGGCACCGGUCCCGGCGAUCCUUACUGGAUUCCUCUUCCUCUAUGGGCACUUGAAGAGAUUGAUAAAGAUCCAGAUUUAGCAUAUUCUGACAGAUUUGGAAGAAGAAACAUGGAAUAUAUUUCCCUCGGGUGUGAUAUUCUUCCUGUUUUGAGGGGGCGAUCACCAAUUCAAGCGUAUACAGAUUUUAUGAGGAACUUCAGAGAUGCAUUUAGACCUUUUCUUGGGGCUAUCAUAACAGGAAUUCAAGUCGGGAUGGGUCCUGCUGGUGAACUAAGAUACCCUUCAUGCCCUUCCCAGAAGCUAACAUGGGCUUGGCGCUCACGUGAGCUUGGAGAGUUUCAGUGCUAUGAUAAGUAUAUGCUUGCUUCUCUGAAUGCUUGUGCACGUGAGAUUGGGAUGCGUGAAUGGGGAAAUGGGGGCCCCAUAGGAGCAGGCAACCUAAUGCAUGAUCCUGAACACACCGAGUUUUUCAGAAGUGAAAAUGGGUCUUGGAACACACCAUAUGGUACAUUUUUUCUUGAAUGGUACUCAGGAAUGCUGCUGCUGCAUGGAGAGAGGAUAUGUAGGGAAGCUGAAACCAUUUUCAGAGGUACUGAAGUUCACAUAUCAGCAAAAUUGGCUGGGAUCCACUGGCAUUACAGCACACAAUCCCACCCGUCAGAGUUAACGGCCGGAUAUUACAAUACUUCCACAAGAGACGGAUAUCUACCAAUCGCUCGUAUGUUUGGUAGGUAUGGAUUUGCUAUAUGCUGCACAGGUUUUGAAAUGCGAGAUGUGGAUGAGAAACAGAUGAACCCCGCCAGUAGCCCAGAAGGUUUUCUUAGACAGCUUCUAUUGGCCGCUAGGGUUUGUGAUAUACCGUUAGAAGGUGAAAACUCUGUAGCCAAUUUGGAUGAUGAGUCGUUUCAACAGGUGCUAAAGAUGUGGAAGUUUUAUUCAAAUGGUGUUGAGAAGCCCUCCUUCUCAUUCAACUUUACGAGGAUGGACAAAAACAUGUUUGAAUAUCAGAACUGGGUUCGUUUUACUCGUUUUGUGAGGCAAAUGUCUGAUGCCAAUAUUUUUCGAGCCAAGCUAGGUUCUGGAGGUGACAUAAAUCUGUCUUCCAUGUUGGAUGCUACGAGACUUGGACUGGCCUUUGCAUAUUCUUAAACAAGCUUCAUCUAUUUGGAUCAUUCAAGGUGAAAAAGGAAAAUACUUUCACCACCGUUUGAUGUGAAUACCUUAUACCUAAUUUGAUGACACCAGGUCUACCGGUGUGAAAUGUGUAGUAAUGCCUAAUUUUUUAUUUUUAAUGAUUUUUUCUUCUUCUGAAAGAGCUUUUCUGGUGUAUCAUAAUACAUUUGCCUUCCCAUAUUUUUAAAUUGGUGGGCUUGUUCUCAA